CUUGAACUGUUAGGGGAUCUAGCCUCCAUCUCGUAUACAAUUAUGUAAAUGCAGUCGUUUAAUUUAUAUUCAUUUGUUAACGUAAGGAAAUUAAUGUGUUUUUUUAAAAUCUGAAUCUGCAUCUCUCACGUUCGGCAUCGAAUUAUCUUUAGCUUCUUAGGUGUCCAUAUUCUCUCCGUUUUUCCAAUACUUUGAUAGAGCUUUUCCGAGGCACAAGACAGACCUGGGAACUAAGACAUCAUGACUGGGCAAGAUGUCCCCAAGGAGCGACCAGUGAAGAACCACCCUGUUGUGGAGAGAGUCAGGAGUGUCUCGGUGACGGGAUCGGUUGUCUCCUUUCAUGACGUCAAUUAUGCGGUCCCGGUCAAGAUAGAUGGUCAACUGACCAAAAAAGUCAUCCUCGACAGAGUCAGCGGUGCAUUUCGACCGGGAAUGAACGCUAUACUCGGCCCAACAGGUAGCGGCAAAACAUCACUUCUUGAUGUGUUAGCAGCAAGGAAGGACCCCCGGGGACUCUCCGGUAAAGUCCUGAUAGAUGGCGCCCCGCAACCUGAUGACUUCAGAUGCAUCUCGGGAUAUGUUGUGCAGGAUGAUAUCGUCAUGGGCAUGCUAAGUGUCCGAGAGAAUCUCGAAUUCUCUGCCGCGCUCCGACUACCGAAGAGCGUCUCAAAGAAAGAGCGACAGGAGCGAGUUGAUGACGUCCUCUACGAACUCGGAUUGUCCAGGGUUGCAGAUAGUAAGGUCGGUGAUGCGAUGAUCCGAGGCGUCUCAGGAGGAGAGAGAAAGAGAACCAAUGUUGGGAUGGAACUCAUCAUCAAGCCCAGUGUUCUGUUCUUAGACGAACCUACGACAGGCUUGGAUGCCAGCACGGCUAACUCCGUCCUUCAUCUCCUGGCAGAGCUUUCAAAGCGUGGUCGCACCGUCAUCUUUUCAAUCCACCAGCCUCGAUUCUCCAUCUUCCGUCUCUUCGAUCAGAUGCAUCUCCUAGCCGGUGGUCAAACGGUAUUCCAUGGCCCAGCAAACAAAGCUCUACCUUACUUUAGUUCGAUCGGUUACGAGUGCGAACCUCACAACAAUCCACCAGAUUUCUUCCUCGAUGUGAUCAACGGGGACAUAUCUGACAACAGAGGAUACGACAUCAAUGGAGAAGGAACCAGCACGGCGGAAAUGCGGGCGGAACGAGGAACCCUCCCCGAGAUAUUUGAAGCCUCCAGUCUCCAUGCUACCAUGAAAGAUGAUACGGCCAAGAUAUUCCAUUCAGACAAGACAAAUAUAGACUCCUUUAAAGCAGGAAUAGAGUACCCUACAUCGGCCUCAACACAGCUCUUCCUUGUGACGAGGAGAACGUACCAGACCACGAUGCGGAACCCCGUCAUCAUGGCCGUUUCUUAUAUUGUCCUGGCUGUAUUCUCCCUCCUUGUUGGACUCCUCUAUUUUGAUAUGGAUCUCACUACGUCAUCGGGUAUUCAAAACAGAGUUGGAGCCACGUUCUUUAUCGUCAUGAACAUGGUGUUUUCAAACAUCAACUCCAUCGAAGUUUUCAUUCAUGAGCGAGCGAUGUUCAUACACGAGACGGCGAGUGGGUUCUACCGAGUGUCUGCCUACUUCUUCGCCAAGUGUUUCGUCGAUUACGUCGUCCUGCGUGCCAUACCUAUUACAUAUUACGCUGUUAUCACGUACUUCAUGAUAGGAUUGCAAGUGGAGGUGGCCAAGUUCUUCAUCUACUACUUCACCCUGAUCUGUGUGGCCUAUGCCUCAAGCUCCUUGUCGGUUCUGAUCAGCUCCUCUGCCGACAUCGUCGGCAUUGCAACCCUUUUGCUGGCCAUGUGUUACGUUCUCAUGAUGUUAUUCGGUGGCUUGUUUGUGAACAUCACCUCACUUCCCGUAUGGCUUCAAUGGAUACAGUAUCUAAGUAUCUUCAGAUAUGGGAUCAAUGCACUACUCAUUAAUGAAAUGGCCGAUUUAACCUUUUGUGAAGAAGUCCGUAAUAGAACAAUAUGCACUCCCGGUUACGAUUACUUGGACGACCAAGGCAUUAAAUACAGUACGUGGGGUCUGUGGCAGAAUCAUAUGUCUCUAUUGAUCCUGGGAGUCGGCUUCAUGGCGAUCGCAUACAUCCAGCUUCGUAGGAUGCCCAAACUCAAAUAAUUUUACAAAAAGUGCCCCUAUUCAGGAAGCGCCCCUCUCCGGGCGGCGCCCAAAUCAUGAAACCCUAUGGCAAAUACAGAUGUGUUUAAACGCAAGUCCAUUUCAAAACUGUAUGCGAUUUUCGUUUGUGUGUUGGAAAAUUUACUUUCUGGAGGAAUUUUUUUUGUCGACAAGUUUGAACGACC